AUGGAUAAGGUGGAAAAGAUAUUCUCCAUCAAAACGCCCCGCAUUAAGCAGAAAGAUUUGAAGUGCAGAAAUGGAUGCGGGUUUUACGGGAACGCGCAAUGGAACGGGCUGUGCUCGAAGUGUUAUCGCGAACGGUCACAGAAGGAGCGACAUACGAAGCCAUUUCGACUGUCGAAGAAUAGUAACGAUCACCAGACACAGCACGCUGCUCGAGAAUCGCAGCAAAUGCCUGGUGCGGAUCAGGCAACGGCUUCCAAUAGCAAGUCCGCACACCAUCAACAACACCAGCAGCUCUCGUUGCAUUCGAAACUAAUCCCCAAACUAUCGGGUGAUCGGGAUGAGAAGAAGAAAAAGUUAAAUUUAAUAGAGCUAAUUAAAAAAUCUACCCCUGGCAGAGAUUCGGAAAAAUCCCGCCAUCAUAGUAGGCAACCGGUGGAAAAGCUCGAGCAGGAGUACAUCGAUGCGCUAAAAGCGCUGAAGAUAGAGGAUGCGGCCAAACAGGAGUUAAAAUACUUCAUACACAUGCUCGACCAGCAGAUACGCAAAAAGUACACUACGGUUAGCGUGGAUGAGUUGUCGGAGCUGGUACAGAAUGGGUACACCAAGUUCCGUGACUAUAUGCACAUGGACAACUCCAAGUUUGCCGGCGCAACGGAGGAUGUGCGCGAACAGGUGCUGGAUUUUUUCGAACGCUGCAUUAUGACGAAAAAUCACAAAUAUCUGUUCUCACCACCGUCUACCGAUGACGAGGACAAUGAUUCGUAUAUACACAAGCGCAUUCGGCAGCUAAACUGGAUAACGGCCGACCAUCUGAUGUGCAGUAUCGAUGAGGUGAACUCGGAGGUGCGUGAGCUGGCGUACACGGCUAUUACCGAGCUGGCAUCGGUGGAUUCAUUUCUGUCACCGCAGGAAAAGCUCGACUGUAUUGUGCGGUGCUGUAGGCACAUCUUUAGCUUUCUGAAGAAAUCGGUCGAAGGACCGGCCAGUGCGGACGAUUUCUUGCCCGCGUUGAUCUUUGUGGUGCUAAAAUCGAACCCGGUGCGGCUGCACAGUAAUAUUAACUUUAUCACGCGGUUCAGCAACGCUUCCCGAUUGAUGAGUGGCGAAGGUGGAUAUUGCUUCACUAAUUUGUGCUGUGCUAUUUCGUUCAUCGAAAACAUUACCGCUGAAUCGCUCUCGCUGACGCAGGCCGAAUUUGAUAGUUUUAUGUCGGGUGAGCACGAGGGCACUUCCGCGUGGGAAAGUGCACUAAUUGCGUGCGAAAGUCUGCAUCAGAUAUCGGAAAACAUGAAGGUGAUGAAGACGAUCGCGUCGAAAAAGGACGAACUGUACAACGGGAUCAUUACGCUGAACGAGGAAAUCGAUACGUUUGAGCAAGAAAUUCGACAAACCGUUGCCGAGGUGCUCGAACGUACGCCGCUUGUGCUACAACCGUGCAAAACACCAGCCCGUGUCGUCGCCCUCAGACAGCAGUACCUGUCCUCCUCGACAGCAUCCGCGUACGUUGAUCCUGCAUCGGUACAAUCGCCAAUCCCAGUUGGCGGAGGUCACUUUACCUCAAACCUGGUAGCCGUCAACCAGACGAUCAACAUAGAGUCUGCCAACAGCAAACCAAAGAAAUCAACCGAUGACACCGGUAUGGCCGCCACCACAUCCAAUCAACCCACGUCCGGUAGUUCAUCAACCACUGGUCCAUUCACCGGUGAAGUGGUAGAACAGUUGGUACAGAGCCUUUCCCACACGCUAACAACGCCGCUCGUAUCGGUGGACGCAGGUCCAUUCGAAACGGUCGCACCAACAUCACCCUUCUACGGUCUCAGUGCCAGCAAUUCGGCCGAUCUACUCUCGGCAUCACCCUCGUUCGACUACAACAACAUCUUCGAUGCGCAAUCCCUCGACGGACUGGCCACACCGGACGAUCUGGCGACGGAUUUCAUCCGUGGCAUACGCAACAUCAACUACGAUUUUGAUUUUUCCGAUCACAGCGGUGACAAUAGUACGGCGGAAGAUUACGAUCCGCGGGGUGUGGCCUUUAAAUCGGUCCCGAGCGUACCCAGCGAAUCGACCAAACCGACCAUUUCACCCUUCGAUCUGGAAGAGUUUGAUCCGUUGUUGCAAAAAGGUGAGGGUAGCGUUCGGCGACCACCGGAACCAUUGUUACCGUUGCCGUUAAAACCAUCCGUAUCGGCUGUGGUUGCUACCGGUGGCAGUGGGGGAAGUUUGUUGGAUGAUUCACCUGGUUCUUUAAUGUUGGAAUCACCACUGAAGCCGACGGUGGCCGAUUUUCAUGGGCUAUCGUUGCACGGUUGUAACAUUCCGACGAUAACGUGCGCCACAGGCGUUUUACAUCCACCGUCCGGGAGUGGGGGUGGUGUUGGUGGACAAAAUGGCCCAAAAUCAAUGGCUGGCGAUCGGAAUGCUAAUAAUGACGCCAGCUUAAUUUAGACUCGGGUGCAAACGGAAAUUGGAAAUGGACAUACACACACACA